AUGAGAAACUUGGCAUCGUUGAUUCUUUUCGUUGUCUGUUGGAUAACUGGAGUUCUUCUUGGACAAAUAAAUGCUCAAAUUGAUACAUGUCCAAUACAAUGUGUGAAUUCGCUGGGUGGAAGGACAUGCAUUGGAAGAACGUCAAUGUGCGAUGGAACUCGGGAUUGUAUGGAUGGAAGUGAUGAAGAUCCAAAAUAUUGUGGUGUCAGCUGUAGUUCAAAUGAAAUUCGUUGUACGAAUUCGACUGGUGGCCGAUCAUGUGUAUCUAAAUUAUCAAUGUGCAAUGGAGUUCGGGAUUGUGCUGAUGGAAGUGAUGAAGAUGUAAACUAUUGCAAAAUGAAUUGCAAUUCAAAUGAACUCCGAUGUUUGAGUUCUGCUGGUGGUCUAUCAUGUAUACCUAAAACAUCAAUGUGUAAUGGUGUUCGGGAUUGUAUUGAUGGAAGUGAUGAAGAUCCAAAGUAUUGUACUAUUAGUUGUAAUUCGGGGGAAAUUCGAUGUGUGAAUCCAGGCAAUGGACGAGCAUGCGUACCUAAAGCAUUCGUGUGUGAUAAAUUCAAGGAUUGUGAUGAUGGAAGUGACGAAGAUCCAAAGUCUUGCAUUGCCAAUUGUAAUUCGGAUGAAAUCAGAUGCGUGAGUCCAAGCAAUGGACGAUUAUGUGUACCUAAAACAUCAGUGUGCAAUGGCAUUCGAGAUUGUGUUGAUGGAAGUGAUGAAGAUCCAAAAUAUUGUGCUGUCACAUGUCCUGCAAACGAAGUACGAUGUGUGAAUCCAAAUGGUGGGCGAACAUGUUUUAAUAAAUUAUGGAUGUGCGACGGCACUCGGCACUGCAAUGAUGGAAGCGAUGAAGAUCAAAAGUAUUGUGCUGCUGGUUGUCUUGCGGGUGAAAUGCGAUGUGUGACUCCAGGUGUUGGACGAUCAUGUUUACCUAAAUCAUCAAUGUGUGAUGGCAUUCGGGAUUGUGCUGAUGGAAGUGACGAAGAUCCAAACUAUUGCCCUGUAAACUGCAAUUCGGGUGACAUCCGAUGUUUGAAUCCCACUGGUGGCCUAUCAUGUGUAUCUAAAUUAUCAAUGUGCAAUGGUGUUCGAGACUGUGCUGAUGGAAGUGAUGAAGAUCCAAAGUAUUGUGUUGUUAGUUGUAAUCCAGGUGAAGUCCGAUGUGUUAAUCCUGGCGUUGGACAAUUGUGUGUUUCGAGAUCAUCGAUAUGUGAUGGAACUCGAGAUUGUGCUGAUGGAAGUGAUGAAGAUCCAAAAUAUUGUGCUGCCACUUGUAAUACUGGUGAAGUUCGAUGUGUAAAUUCGAGCACUGGUCGAACAUGUGUCAGCAAGUCAUGGCUGUGCAGUGGAAGCCGGGAAUGUGCCGAUGGAAGUGAUGAAGAUCCAAAUUAUUGCACUAAUUGCAAUUCGGCUGAAGUUCGAUGUUUGAAUCCAGGCAAUGGACGACUCUGUGUUUCGAAAUCAUUGAUGUGUAAUGGUGUUAGUGAUUGUGCUGAUGGAAGUGAUGAACAUCCGAAGCAUUGUGCUUCUAUUUGUAAUUCGAAUGAAAUUCAAUGUGUAAAUCCAGGCAACGGACCAUUAUGUAUAUCUAAAUUAUCUAUGUGUAAUAGAGACAGGUAAGUUACAUUAGAAAAUACUCUAUCUACUAUCUUUUUUCACAUGCUUAUAGAGAUUGUGCAGAUGGAAGCGAUGAAGAUCCGAGUUAUUGUAGUAAGUAUAGCAAUUAUGUUAUUUACUAUGUGUAACUAUAUGCAUUGAAGACUUCCCUGUGACAUUACCAAUGACUACAACAAGUUUUCCAUUCACGACGAUGGCGACAAGUAAAUGUUCAUUUGUUUUAGCUUUUUCUUUUUUUUCUGUAUGUUAAGACAAGAUGAUGAAUCUAUUAUUUUGAGAUUUUGAAGUCGUUUUUCAGAUUGAUGAGUUCAUUUUCUAUGUUUUAUUAGAGUUUCGAUUCACUCAUGUUCAGAUAGCAUCGUUGCCUUGUAGUUGUAUGUAUUUUUGGUGAAAAUGUAGUAUUUAUGUGUAAGUCCUUCGUCAUUUGAUUGUAGCCACCGAAGACAGGGAAUUAUUAAAAAUGAGGAAAAACUAAUUUCGGGCAAAAAAUGUCGUUAACAUUCAAAACAUGCAAAUCUUUUCCUGAUAUAUUCAGAAAUUAUCCAACUUGCUACAUAUGUAGGAUUGCGGUGUAGUUUCAGUGUUUUUAGAAAGGUACGAAAUGUGUUCUGAAGUACAGUUUUAACGUGAAAUUUUCUUGUCUCAACUGUCAAGAUGAAAUAAGAUACUAAGCUCUAAUUUGUUUUUCAGUAUUUUUCUUAUUUCAAGUGAUUUAAAAAAGAUAGAAACAUGUUUAUUCAACUAGUUGCAUAAUCCUUCAAAUUUUAUAUUAAAGUUUUAAAUUCAUUCUACUGUUACUUUUAGUUUGUUGGUCGAAUCCCUGUCGGAAUGGUGGCACAUGUGUGCCAAUAAAUAAUAAUUUGGAUUAUUAUUGCAUUUGUCCCUCAAAUAGUUUGCUGACUGGCAAGAAUUGUGAUCAGAUAUUGUCAAC